UUUGCUGCAUUUGCUGUAUUUACAGCGCGUGCAUCUGCAAAGGUUUAAUGUUUGUUCUCUUUGAUACCGCGUCGAUUCAAUUGACAGGCCCCGCUUUGUUCCUGGUCCGGUCAGCCUUAACGGGCAGAUACAUAAUUGGAGGCAAAUCAUAAUCGCAACACAAACAUCAAAUCCAUCCUUUCCCUCAAACCACCUUUUCUAAGACUCAUCAUCAUGGAAAACGGCACAUUACCGACAACUUCCCAGGGAGAAGGCAAGGAUCCCUCUGGUUUCCUUUCCGACAUCAUCGGCAAUCCUGUCACCGUCAAACUAAAUUCUGGUGUUGUCUACAAGGGCGAACUACAAUCUGUUGAUGGAUACAUGAACAUCGCCCUAGAAAAGACCGAGGAGUAUGUGAACGGAGUGAAGCGGAGAACGUACGGAGAUGCCUUCGUCAGAGGCAAUAAUGUCAUGUACAUCUCGGCCGACUCAUAGCUUAACCCCUCAUUAAGCCAUUUCCGAUAAGAGGUAUUUUUGGGAUCAUUUCCCUCCGGACGUUGGGGUUUUCGAGGCAUGAAGUGUCGCUUUCAUUUGGACCGGGCUGCAUACUUCAUAUAUAGUAUCACGAAGACCUGGCG